AUUUUAACAGUAAAAAAAAUCUCCCAGCUCAUCGCUGACUUUGGCCACAGAAUCGCGCCUCGGGGACUUUACGGCGCGUCAUUCCGGGGUAAGACGGAGAGCGGCAUCAGGAGAAGAGAAGGAGGAGGAGGGAAGAAAGGCAGCAGAUAUUUUUGUUCUGGUCUUGAGAGAGAGGAGGGAGAGUGCUCUCAAGGCAGGAAAAUUCGAUGAUGACCAUGACUACGAUGGCUGACGGUCUGGAGGCUCAGGACUCGUCCAAGUCUGCGUUCAUGGAGUUUGGCCAGCAGUCCCACUCGCAGCAGAGCUCGCCGUCGAUGGCGGGCGCGCAUUACCCUCUGCACUGCCUCCACUCGGGCUCGCACCACCAGCAGCAAGACAACAACAGCGGCGGCGGCGCCUACCCGGCCGGCAACACCUACAACCGCUCGCUAGCCUACCCGUACGUCAGCCACCCGCACCACAGCCCAUACCUGCCUUCGUACCACGCCAACACGGGGGGACAGACGCGGCUGGACGGCGCAGAGCAGCAGAAAACGACAGUGAUCGAAAACGGGGAGAUUCGUUUUAACGGCAAAGGCAAAAAGAUCCGCAAACCCAGGACCAUCUACUCCAGCUUGCAGCUCCAAGCGCUCAACCAUCGCUUCCAGCAAACCCAGUACCUCGCCUUACCGGAACGAGCCGAGCUGGCCGCCUCUUUGGGGCUGACGCAAACCCAGGUCAAGAUCUGGUUCCAGAACAAGAGGUCAAAGUUCAAGAAGCUGCUCAAGCAAGGUGGCAAUCCGCACGAGAGCGACCCCAUGCCGGGCUCCAUGAACCUGUCCCCGCGGUCCCCCUCCAUCCCUCCAAUAUGGGACGUCUCGGCCUCGUCCAAAGGAGUAAACAUGGCGGCCAACGGCUACAUGCCGGGCUACUCCCACUGGUACUCAUCCCCGCACCAGGACUCCAUGCAGAGAUAGACUCACCUGGGACCAUUUGGGAACGGGGUUUUUUUUUUUUUUCGUUUUUUUUGUAGUCAUGUUCGUUUUUGGCGUCCACUGCAGUGGACAUUUGCUUGCUGUGACACCAUGUCCACUACAGAGGACAUGUGUUUGUAAAUAUGACGUGUACAUAUCUUUUUAUGUUCUGUCUGUGUGUGGCUUUUGAAACAAACCAAUAAAAUCAAAACAAGCAGGCUCAUAUUGGGCCAACAUCGCAUGC